GCCAAACCCAUCAGAGUACAGUUUACUCUUCCCUUUACCCGAAAACCCUUUUUCUUGUUUAAUUUCAUUUUUCUGCCUUGGGGGGGUGUUCUGAGAUCACAGAGGACGAUGGGAAAAGCUGUUGCUGUUCUUGCAUCUAGUGAGGGCGUCACUGGAACUAUCUACUUCACCCAGGAAGGAGAUGGUCCUACCACCGUGACUGGAAACGUUUGCGGCCUUAAGCCCGGGCUUCAUGGUUUCCAUGUCCAUGCUCUUGGGGACACAACCAAUGGUUGCCUCUCAACUGGACCACACUUCAACCCAGCUAGCAAAGACCAUGGUGCCCCUGAAGAUGAGCAUCGUCAUGCUGGUGACCUCGGAAACAUCACCGCUGGUGAUGACGGAACUGCUACCGUCACAAUUGUUGACAAGCAAAUUCCUCUCUCUGGACCACACUCCAUCAUCGGCCGUGCUGUCGUCGUCCAUGGGGAUCCUGAUGACUUGGGCAGAGGAGGACAUGAGCUGAGCAAGACCACUGGAAAUGCUGGCGGCAGAGUUGCUUGCGGUAUUAUUGGUCUGCAAGGAUAAACAUGAGCACCGUGGAUUUGGAUAUGGAUAUUUACAUGUUCCAAUCUACUUUGAAGAAGGAAAAAGACCAAAACUUUUCUGAGUAUCUGAAUAAGAGGAAAGGCAGUAUAUUGGGUUGAAUCUGUUCUGCGCUUUGUUGUUAGAUCAUACUUUGCUUCUGUGCAGACUGCGUUUCUUAGCAUAAGAGUGAUUUGACUCCGCAUACUUUUGUUUGUUUUUAUCUCUUUUUUCUUUUUAUUUUUUGGCGAUAAGUUUCUCCAAGUACUAAAACUUGACACUUGACAGAAUGAGAUGGUCUGCCCCAAAGAUCAAGAUUAAUGACUAAUGUGAUUAAAUUCA